AAACAUGUAAUGCUUCGGAGAGAGAAAAAGUUUACUCUGAAUUGAAAGAGAGAGAGAGAGAGGGGCGAUGGAGAAAGUGGCAGUUGCAGAGGUCGAGGAGCUGCCCAAGACUAUAGUGCGCAGGGUGGUGAAGGAUAAGCUCUCUCAGUUCUCCGAUGACGGCGAUAUCAUUAUUCACAAGGACGGUCUUCGCGCCUUCUGCGAAAGUGCACGCAUUUUCAUCCACUAUCUAUCCGCCACUGCAAAUGACUUGUGUAAGGAGUCUAGGAGGCAAACAAUCAAUGCUGAUGAUGUUUUGAAAGCAAUUGAAGAAAUUGAGUUUCCUGAAUUUGUUCAACCUCUUAAAGCCUCUCUUGAUGAGUUUAGGAAAAAGAAUGCUGGAAAGAAGGCCGGAGCUGCAAAGUCAAAGGAAGCAAAGAAAAGAAAAGAAGAUUCAUCCCUAAAUAAUGAGGGUGACAAGGGUAAAAAUGAUGGUGGAGAUGAGGGGAAUGAGGUCGAGGAUGACUCCCAUGGUAAUGACUCAGAAUAUUAUGUAAUAUGUACAUUGUUGUUUCCUGCUAUAACACAUCACAAGAUCUUAGGUUUUAGCCCAAAGAGUAGACCGCAUCAAAAUUCAUGUCCCCUUCAUCAUCGUCUGCCUAGUUCUUUCAUCCCCAUUUCUAUAAAUAAUCUAUGUUAGUGACUCCGUAUAUUCUAGCUAUGGACCCACUAUGACCAAAGAAGCAUUUUCAGGAAAUAGAAUAAUCAGCACUGAUAAAACUAGGCCUGUGGCAACAGAGAGGAUUAAUUAAAUUUCUUGACUAGAAGCAUAUGUAUGUACAAUUGACUAGUUUUUUUUUUUGGUAGGCAAAUAUGUGAGUGUAGUUUAAUGGUAUUCUUGGUGUUGCUCUGGUAGUUAACACCCUUUAACCAUUCAGAGCAAUCUCAGGUGCCAGGAAAUGGAGCUGUAUCUGUUGAUCAUCACCACAUUGAUCAUCUUGAUGGUUUGAAAAUGUCAAAUAUCAGAAAUCAAGAUGUACUCCGUACCUUAAAAGACAAUCAGAAUUAUCAAUAAAUUUUCUUCAUAGCAGGACUAUUUUUUAGGAAAGAUUUCCCACUGGAUUCCUUUACUUGGUUUCUUUUCAGAGCCGAAGCAGAAGAGUGCAGGAAAAAAGUCAGGAGCAGGCAAAUCAAAGAAAGUGAAUAAGAAGAGGAAAGUAGAAGAAGUGAAGCAAGAUGAUGAAGGCAAUGAAGAUGAGGAUGACUCUCAUGCUAACGAGUGAGAAUUAUUGUUCAUGCUUUUCAGAGGGAGGAAAAAAAAUGAUCCUGUUGCUCUAAAUGCCAUUUUGUAUUCCUACACAAUGCCUAAAAUGUAGGCUGCAUCAAUUUUUGUGUAAACUGUUUUACCAAAUCUCUAGUAAGUAUGCCUGAGUGAUAAAAUUGCAUUGGCCA